AUGGAGUGCCUGUCGGUGAAGCAACCUUUCCAAUUGAGGGAUCACAUCAGGACUACGCUGAACCGGCAAGCAUCGUCAGUUCCUGAGGUUGGGCGCGUUGAUAUACCGACAUAUGCGGUUAACGAGGAGCCACCGACUGAGUCGGAGGUUCCAGUCUGUAUUCAAAAAAUGAGGAAUGGAAAAUCUGGUGAAGCCGACAGGAUAAGCGCAGAAAUGCGGAUAGAUAUGGAUAGACGAAAAGAUACCUGA